UGCUUUAGUGUUUGCAUUUAACAACUAAGAUUAUUUUUAUAAGAUUCAUUUUGGAUGAAUGCAUUUCAUUAAUUUGUGAAAUUCCCUGCUCUUUCGUUUUAUUGAAAAAAAAAAAAAAUUGUGAAGUUUGUUGUUGUUUAACAAACAUCAAACUAAUAUACACACACAUCACUUACUAAUUCCUCCAAUGUCUGAAGCAGGUGAUAUUAAAACGUUUGUCGUUUUGGAUUUGGAAACUAAUGGACUGCCAUCGGAACAAUUUAAUACUUGUGCCAUCACAGAACUAUCUGUUUAUGCCUUUUCGGUAAAAUGUCUGACCGAUAAAGAUACUGUAAAUGCCAAGGAGGUGCUAAAAGAUCUUACGCCCGAGGACGGUGUUAAGGGUUUUGAGCUGCAACCACCAGAACUGCCACGCGUCCUAAAUAAGUUAACAUUGAUGAUAAAUCCAAUGCGUAUGAUUAAUCCAAUAGCUGAACGUACGACAGGCCUUAGUAAUGAUAUGCUUGAGCAUGAGUCACCCUUUGAUUUACGUACGGCUGAAUGUUUUAAUCUCUUUCUGGAACGUCUAGAAAAACCCAUUUGCAUGGUGGCCCACAAUGGUUGGACAUUUGAUUAUCCUGUUAUUCGUUAUGUUUACGACAAAAUUAAUAAGUCCCUACCAGCUUCAAUAUUUUGUGUGGAUUCUUUUAAAGCUUUUCGGGAACUAGAUGAAAAGCAUGACAAAAUUAAGGAAACUAUUCUAUCCAUACUUGAGACUGAGCCCAAGGAAAUAGUAGACAACGAAGCAAUAUCCAACACGGAAUUAGAAGUUCUUAAUGGCAUAACAAGUGAUCCGCUGGAAGAGAAUUCCCAAAUUAAUUGGCAACGUGAUAAUGAAACCACUCCUCAAAGGAAAAAAAAGACUGAAAAACGUACUUAUAAUAACUCUACAGAAGAUAGAAAUGCAAUAGAUACUCUGCAAGACUAUGGCUCUCCUGCCAAAAAACGUUCCGUUUCACUAUGUGUAAGACGCUCAUUAUUUGCCGAUAAUUUUACGCCAAAAACAAAAUAUCCUCCCAAAGGUGUUUACCGAUUGGGCAAUAUUUAUAGGCGUUGUUUUAAUAAGGAACCCAUUAAUCUACAUCGUGCCGAAUCGGAUGUUGAAAUAUUAACAAAAUUAAUUUUACAUUAUGGUUUAGAUUUUCUAGCUUAUGCCGAGGAACGUAAGCAAUUAUUUAACAAGGUGCCCAAGUUAGGUUCUUCAAAUUAAUGUUAGUAUCUGGGACAUUAUGGCAUUCGAUUAUGUGUGUUCGCAUAAAAUGUUUUUUUAUAAGAAUAAUUUUAAAUUUAUAUGUAAAUAAGUAUUUUAGUUGAACCUUUUUUUUAUUACAAAAGUUAUGUAAAUUUUAUUAUGUAAAGAACAGCAUUUUUAAAAUAUAAAUAUUUAAAA